UUAUGUGUGUAUUCUUUCAUUUCAGUAUGGUGGCGGAUACUUGCGGAGGAGGACAAGUACUUAGAAAUUCCUCCCAGUUCAUCGGUGGACGGCAGUAGCUACAACCCAACUGACAUUUAUAUCGGCAAUGCAACGUAUGGCAUAAACGAAGAUUCCUGAGAAGAUAAUUGGACUGGUUGCUUGUGUGGAGCUGCAGACAAAACUCGCCUCAGUUUUCCGUGUUUGGUCCGCGCUGACAGAGCCAGCCAGUUGAUUAGCUACCUCUUUACUAACGUUAGCUGGUUGAUUAGCUAGCUAAAGAAGCUUGGUUAGCUAGAGCUAGUUGUUUUGAGUAAGCAAUCUAGCUAGCAACGAGUUACAGAGAUUACGUAUCGUCUUUAAAAGUAGCAAGGUUAUUAUCAAGAUAGAAUCACUGGAAUAUUUUAUAAACUGAUUGAUAAAGGGCGUUCAUUAACAACUCGGAGAGGCCCGUGCACAGAUCUUGGCCGGGCAGAUGACAAGUUCGUCAGCGCUGAAAUAGCAAGUAGCCAACAGCACUCAAUCUUAUCUCACGAGGACGUACAUUACCUAUUUGCGCAAUUUGUUUUCUUUGCAGUUUUGUUUGUGAUUUAGAUUCUUUAUACGUUUGGCAUUACAAAUAUAGUACACUGGCUAGGGAUUCAGGCCCAUGUUUCCCAAACUAUAGCUUUCAAGCUACUGUUCUCUCUAGCAAGCUAGAAGUCUAGCUGCUAACGCUUAGCUAGCUUGGUGUAAAACUGUUGGGAGUGGUAGCUAGCUGGCUAGUAUAAGAUCGCGCUGUCAAGCAAGGCGGUCGCGUAUCCACACGUGAAGUGUGUACACUUGCUGGCCAUUAGCACGUAACAUUGGCAAAAGUAGAAUUCAAAAUAACUAUUUCGCUACCUAUUAGCCACGGUCAAAUUGGUGCAAGCGUUGUGUACCCUAAUAGCGCCAAGGGGAACGGUGCAUUAGUUGCCGACUGACCGCACAAAGUCCUCAGUUGGGAUAAGUGUGUCACUUAAGAUUUUUUUUAUACGUUAAGUUACUUGGCACUGGUAAAAUAAUAGGGCGUAAACUAAUUUGGCAAUCCGGGUUUACCCCAUGGGCUAAAGAUUAGCUGCUCAUCGUUUCUCAAGAUUGCCCCAGUGAAAUAGUUUGAUGGACGUGGAGAGCUAUUUUGUAGACAGCCACUGUUACUAUACAGUUAUGCUUCUCUUGCUUGACGGAAUUCUGGCCUGUACAUAGUGUCAGAUGUCAUAUAUGGGCGUAAUGUAGCUUGAUAGUUAGUUAGCAAAGGAAUGUGUACAUUUUUUACUUGUGUUUUGUAGAGGGGUUGCCCCGUUGAAUCAUAUGAUUUAUAACCCUGGAUGUGCAUUGGGAAAAUGAUACGCAAUGUUUGUUAGUUAGUGCCUAACAUAAACUAGGAAAAGGUUGAGCCAGCUUAUAGGCCCUCACUAAUAUUAAGUUGCUGAAAUUGAAAACUCAAAAAAGUCUGCCACUCUGGAUCAAGAAACCAUUUCUUUCGUCUCUGGUUGGAGUAAUACUCUCAAGCCAUCAUCAAUGCCUUCAGCGCUGGCCGUCUUCACCUGCCGCCCAAAUUCACACCCAUUUCAGGAACGCCAUGUCUACCUGGACGAGCCAGUCAAGAUCGGGCGCUCUGUUGCUCGCUGCCGCCCUGCCCAGAACAACGCAACGUUCGACUGCAAGGUGCUGUCGAGAAACCAUGCUCUGGUCUGGUUUGACCACAAGACGGGGAAGUUCUUCCUCCAGGACACUAAGAGCAGCAACGGCACCUUCAUCAACAGCCAGCGGCUGAGCCGCGGCUCGGAGGAGAGCCCGCCCUGCGAGGUCCUCUCCGGUGACAUCAUCCAGUUUGGGGUGGACGUCACGGAGAACACACGCAAAGUCACCCAUGGCUGCAUAGUCUCAACAAUCAAGCUCUUUCUACCCGAUGGCAUGGAGGCUCGGAGACGAACAGAUGUCAUUCAAGCACCGCUCCCACUACCCGUUGACAAGGUUGCUGCAAACACGCCCAGCAUGUACUCUCAGGAACUGUUCCAGCUCUCGCAGUAUCUGCAGGAGGCCUUACACAGGGAGCAGAUGCUGGAGCAGAAGUUGGCCACUCUGCAGCGCCUGCUGGCCUCCACACAGGAGGCCUCAGAGAGCAGCUGGCAGGCUUUAAUAGAUGAGGACAGGCUUCUGUCCAGACUAGAGGUGAUGGGGAGCCAACUGCAGGCCUACAACAAAAACCAAACAGAAGAUGGCAUCCGCAAGGAGCUGGUGGCCUUACAGGAUGACAAGCACAGCUACGAGACCACGGCCAAAGAGUCCCUGAGGCGGGUCCUUCAGGAGAAGAUCGAGGUGGUCAGGAAGCUCUCCGAGGUGGAGAGGAGCCUCAGCAACACGGAGGACGAGUGCACCCACCUGAAGGAGGUGAACGAGAGGAACCAGGAGGAGCUGAGGGAGCUGGCCAACAAGUACAACGGAGCCGUCAACGAGAUCAAGGACCUCACGGACAAGAUCAAGCUGGCAGAGGCCCGUCAGGAGGAGCUGACCCAGAAGGGGCAGCAGGAGAAGCAGGAGCUGCAGCUGAGGAUGGAGGAGAUGGAGGACAAGGAGCAGGCCCUGCAGGCUCGCAUCGAGGCCCUGCAGGCAGAUAACGACUUCACCAACGAGCGCCUCACCGCUCUGCAAGUGCGGUUAGAACAGCUGCAGGAGAAAAGCAUUAAGGAUAACAACAGUUUAGCAGGGGGUCCAGAUGAAGACGGCUCGUCCUCCUCCUCUGACCUCAGCACCCCGGAGGAAGACGACCACUAUCUAUUAAAGAGUGGAGGGGACUGCACUAUUAUCCAACAUUACAUUGAGUGCCAGCCCGUGAUGCAGCUGAAGGAUGCCGUGGGCUCGUCGCUACACAAGCUAGCCAACUUUGACGAUGUCAUAGAUGCUCACCUCCAGAACAACCAGACGGCAGAUGAGGACAGUUUGGCCAGUCCAGACAGACUCAAAGAAAACACCAUAGAUGCUAAAGAGUCGGACAUGUCAGACACACUGAGCCCCAGCAAGGACCGCAGUAGCGACGACACCUCAGACGGGAACAUGGACGAGCAGGAGCUGAACGAGCCUCAGAACAGGGUGGCACUGCUCAAAGACGAGCUGCGCAGGGCCAACCUGGAGCCCGGGGACACGGAGCAGGUGAUCAGCCACCUCCACAGAGAGCUGCUGGAGGCCCAGGAGCUGGCCAACACUGGCAAGCAGAGGUGUCUGGAGCUCCAAGCUCUGCUGGAGGAGGAGAGGAGGAACAACAGGCAGCAGACUGAGGAGUCUGCCAAGCAGAUCCAGUACCUGCAGACCCAGCUGGGGAAGCUGCAGGCGGACAUGGAGGCCCUGCGGGAGCAGCGGGAGAGCACCCUCAGCAGCACGCGGGAGGAGCUGUACAGCGCCCAGGAGGAGGUGCUGGUGCUGCGCCACGCCAUGGAGGCCGCCGCGGCCGAGCGCGAGCGCGACAUCGCCGCCCUGCAGGGCGACCUGGGCGGCAUGAGCGGCGAGCUGGAGCGCUGGCGGGCGGCGGCGCAGCAGUACGAGCGGGAAAUCGAGGCGCUGCAGGCCACCUUCCUGCAGCAGAGCCAGCACCAGCAGAGGGCCAGCCGGCUGCAGGAUGAGCUGGAGAAGCUGCAGAGGGACUGCUGCGGGCUGCAGGAGGAGUGUGACGGCCUGCGCUCGGAGAAGGGCUCCCUGCUGAGCACACUGAGCCGGCUGGAGAGCGAGCUGGACAGCUCGCGGGAGCAGAGUGCCAGUCUGAGCAGCAGCCUGAGGGUUCUGGAGCAGAGCCAGGGGGCGCUGGAGAGCAAGCUGGGCUCCCUCCAGGACCAGCACCUGCAGGACGCCGCCCAGCUCCAGACCCAGCUGGCCCAGGCCGACUCCCGCACACACAGCCUGCAGAGGGAGUACGAGGACACCCAGAGCCUCCUGCUGGACCUGAGGGAGCGCUACGAGAGGACGGAGCAGGAGAAGCGCAGCAUCAACGAGGAGCUGGAGCAGUGCAAGGUCAACCUGAAGCUGCUGCUGGACAAGGGCAAGAACCCAUCCAUAUUGCAGCCUGUCCAAGCCAUUUUCAUCGGCCUUAUCCUGGCUUUGCUGUAUUGGUGCUUCGGCCAGUUGUGGUAGAAAGAGCCCCUGGAGCCCCUGGAUCCCGGUGCUGGCUGUGAUGGUUGCUGUGACGGCGGCCGUACUUUACCCCAACCUAUCCAAGAGCAGCAGCAUCUGAUGAUGACGCCUUCCCUGACACACACCCCCCCCCCCUCCUCACCUGGCUCCAUGUCCUCCACACUCCCCAGCACCUGGCCACACACACACACAAAACACACACUCGCAGACAAACUGAUUGGCCGGUACUUCCUGUUGACAAGAUCCCCUCUUCCCGGCCACCAGGAAAGUUUGACUGUAGAGACGUUGCUUUAACUGUAUAAAGUUAUACCUGUAUAUAUAUAUGGAGAGAGAGAGAGAAAGAACGAGAAGGGGAAUUAAAGUUGUAAUUUCUACCAUAGAUUAAAUACUAUAUUGGCGGUUAAGUUUCUUUUUUUUUCUUUUUUUUGUGGGAAUUUUGGUAUUAAAGUGGCCUAAACUAGGCUUGUUUUCUGAUGGUUACCAAACCUUUUCAUUUUUGGGUGAGUUUUCUGAUGAGUUUAUGUGGUUUGCCACAUCAGAGAUAUGCGGCAUCACAAAUAUAGGUUCUAAGCCAAAUCCAAAUCGAUAUCCUCUAUUGUUGGGCACAAGGGGUUAAGUGCCUACUGUAAGUAACAUGAGAGGUGGGUGUGAUCACCCACUCGUGUGCACACGCAUCUAGUCUAGAUGGAAGUGCCACUGAUAUCCUUACAGAGGCGUUUCAAAAGAAACUUAAGUUAUUGAUAAAAGAGGAAUUGAACUAAUAAGCAAUUACUUAGUGGGACCUCUGUGGGUUCUGUCCAGACUAACAUGCUCGUGAGCACCAUCAGAUGGUUUGUCAGUGUACUCUGUCUUGUUUCUGUGUAUUGUAAACUAUGAACAAAUAUUCAUAAUGUUUAAAACACUACAGUACAGAGCUUUGUAUAGAGAAGAAAAAAAAAGUCAAGAGAAGUUAUUUGAUGUGCUAGACUUAUUUUGGUAAACGAGUAGAAACGCCAUGCAAGACGGAUGUUUGUUGUAGAAGUGGUGAACGAGAUGUUAGAAGCAAAGAGAAGAAUAUUGUGGCAGUGGAUUAAAGUAGCAAGCUGACCCAAGACCAUGGGAACAAAACAAAGAAAUGUGUUCAGUUUUCAAGUUUGUAUUGAACCUGAUGUCAAUGCUCUAGUCUGGCUAGCCUGUUAUAGACGUGUCCCAAUUCUCCCAAUGUUCUAGAACUUGGCCUGAAAGCGUGCACUGCCUCUAUUGUCCAAGUCAUUCUGACAGGACCUAAACAUUUGAAAGGCAUUGGGUUGGUGUGGGCAUCCGAAAGAAGUGAGAUGAUACCAUGUCUAUACCACCUCACAAUGACUUCCCAACAGACUGGACUUGGGGUAGUGAACAAACACACUAGUCUUGGAGAAAUGGGACGCUGUAUAAUUGGGUAACUGUACUAGUACACACACACACACACACACCUGUAGCACAGACCACUACACACCAAAGGCUCUGGGACUAAACUGCUGCCUUAGCUCAACCCCCAGUGUCAGUCUGAGGUCCUGUCCAGACACAACCCACUAAGCCCCUAUUCCCAAUACGCGUAUCUAAUCUACAAGGAUUGGAUGGGUGUAAGCACAGAUGGUUUAUGCACCAACUGUCUAAUCAGAGGGCAAGGUUGAGGGACGACCAUCUUGAAUAAUCCUGUUAAGGUCUUUUGAAGAUCUUCACUAAUGUGUCCAGGGAUAGUUGACGGGUCUCAAAUUUGGACGUGAAUGCUUUGAAAAUGUCUGUGACUGGUUGGUUUGGCAUGGAGUUGUGUUGGGAUCCAUCUGAGCACAGAUAUGGUUGAUGGGGGGGGGGGGGGGGGUGAGGGUGAGAAUGAAAGGUUUCUGUUUUGUAUUAAGAUUGAAGAACUGAAGUGAAUGGAAUAGGGCUGUAUGUAACUUGAGAGACUUUACACAUGGAUCUGUCUGGGAUAUGGGUUCAUCCCUUUUUGUUUGCUGCGCUGUAAAUAAAAUGCUCUGAGUCACGGAGCAAAGAAGCUAUCCAUCGUAUUCCACUGUGUCAUUCAAAUGUCUCUUGUCCAAUGCCAACUUCGAUCACCAAACUGGCAUCUUUCUGGUCCCAGUUUUCAUUUGCAUUGCACAGGACUGCAAUGGGGGGGAAAUAAGUAAACAUCAAGUAGACCAGGAAGAUGCUGGAAGUUGAAGUGAAAAGGCACAGGUCCAAGUCCCUUGGAACAGCAGAACAUUGGGAACCUCUUAAUCUACGUUCCAAAUAACUGCCACAUGAUUCUACACUGGAGGAUAUGUAAUCCUCCACGGGAAGGACAUUUAAGAACUCCCUUUUCACGUUUUUGGAAAUCAGAUGUUUUGAAGUCAUAGUACUGCACCAAUGUGGGGAAUUGCAGUUCUCUAACAAACAGUAUAUGUUUGUAUAUAUGUAAUGUAUGUAUGAAUGUGCGUCUGUGUAAAUAUACAUUCUAUAUACAAAAUAAAAAGUUGAAUAACAGUGACAGGGAUCACAUCAUCCAACGUGCUGCUGGCUUCUGAACAGUGUGAGUGAGAGCUUCUAGAAACUACCCUCAACCUCAUUCUACACACUUGGGUUGAACAUGCAAAUUUGUUGUCACAACUAAAUGAGGAUGUGCUCCUUGUAAGUUUAGAUCACAAUCUGAUCGAUCUUUUGUUUAUUCGUGUUUCCAUUGUAUUCUUUGAAUGAAAUUAGGCAAUUCAGUUCGAGUUCUCUUAAACCCCUACAUACUGUAGCAUCUUAAGAUUCCUAUGUAGCCCUGUUUAUAAUUAUUGGAUUUCUUUUUCAGUCACUCAGUUUUGUAUUUUGAGAUGUGUGAUUGAACUGUUCCUAAAAAAAAAAAAGUUUAAAAACGAAAUGUUUGUUUUUAUUCACCUUUCAUAUGGGGCUGACCGGCAAAAGAAUGAUGUUACUGACGGGCAUUUAUUUCAGUGUGAAUUUUCACCAGUUUUAUUCGAAAAUGUAAACUUACAAACAAUAUAAAUGUCAUUGAAGUUGGAGUACAGUAGCGUGUAGUGUGUAGGGUAAUUUGUUGGGAGGGUAAGUGUAUCUGUAUUAUCUAUACAAUUGUUGACUGUAUUGGAUUAUACAUAUGUAAAACAAUGUGUCCUCCAAAAAAUGUCCAGAAAAUAUUUGUCAUCAAGUCAGGUUUUUCUUUUGCUCCUCCUGAAAAAAAUAUGAUUUUCAAACCAUCCAUUACAAUCACUAACCAACCCAGUGGCACAUUAGACCGUAUGUAAAUAGUUUUGUUUGCAAAUAUUGUUCAGAAUAUUAACUUCAGAAUUACUUUUUUUAAAGUAAAUAAUUGUUGAAAUUCUAUUUUGUAAAGAAAAGAUAAAGUUACACUAGAAUAUCCGGAGUACAGAUUUAAAAAAAAGUAUUUGCACUAACACCUGUGAUGUGCAUGAUUUUAAUAAAAAUACUUUACUCUCCUG